AUGACUUCCCAAUUAUCUUCCAUCAAAGUUUUGAAUGGUUCAAAUUUUGAGGAAUGGAAAGAUUCUCUUAUUAUUACUCUUGGGAUUAUGCGACUUGAUUUUGCCCUGAGAGUUGAUGAGCCCACCAAGCCCACAACUGACAGUGAUACUGCAGCAAAGACUCUCUAUGAAAAAUGGGAGGAGUCAAAUAGGUUGUGCUUAUUGAUCAUGCAACUCACCAUGGACAAUAUGAUAAAGAAGAGUGUGCCUGCAACUGAAAAGGCUAAGGAUUUUCUUGUAGCUGUCAACAAGAAAUUCCCCAAACAUGAUAAGGCUGAAAAGGAUACUUACAUGGAAUGGUUCACAAACACCGAGUAUGAUGGUACAAGUGGUGUACGCAACCAUAUCCUGAAGAUGACCAACUAUGCCAACAAGUUGGGGGAGGUGGAAGUGACCAUAUCAGAUUCUUUUCUUGUGUGGCAGAUUAUGAAGUCACUUCCAUCACAGUUUGAAAGUCUCAAGAGCUACUAUGGUACUAAUCAGGCGGAGUGGAGUCUUGAGCAGAUAACUACCAUAUUGGUGCAGGAAGAAGAAAGAAAGAAAAAGGAGAAAGCAAAUUCAGCCCAUUUUGUUUCCAAUAAUGGGGGUAAAAAGAAGAAAUUCAAGAAAAAUUGGAAAGGCAAGAAGUUAGGUAACCAGCAAGCAAAAUAUGAGAAAACUGAUCAGAGUAUGAAACCAAAGAGUGAAGCUUUCAAGGGAAAGCGUUAUUUCUGUAAGAAGGAUGGGCAUAGGAAGACAGAUUGUUUUGGAUACAAGAAAUGGCUUGAGAAUUAA